GGGCCGAUAAUAGAUUCAGUCCAGACGUUGUCUUCUGAUCAGAGCGUCAGAGAGAAGGCGGACACCUCGGCCAAUCGACGAACCCCGCCGCCUCCGCAGACGGAGGAGAAACCGUGCGAGCAGCUCAAAUCUGACCACUGCGAAAGCGACGGCAGAGACGACGACGAGGACGACCUAAUAGUCAAGCUGGAGGACGAGGACGACGUCCAGAUUGUGGAGCAGAUCGUGGACUCUGAUCAGAGCGUCAACGACGGCGCGGCUCACCACGAGAUGGAGCUGAGCCUCCAACCUGCUGAGCUCAUGGAAGAACAAGAGAGCCAGCAGUGGUCGUCGGUGUCGGUGGGAGACAGCGACACCGCCGACGAAACGGACUGCUUCUUCGAACCAAAGCAGCUGUCGCAAAAUCUGGACUCGGAGAUCCUGCUCAUUCAGAACGCUUUGGACAUUUUUGAUCAUUCAGCGGAGACGGCGUACUCGGACAGGUUCGCGAGGGACAAUGGACAAGGUGCGUCGAGUAAAUCAAGGGCUCCCGUGCCUUUUAGCCAAGCUCAACCAAGUCAGCCUAUAGAAGCAAUAAAUCACCCGGAGAGAGGAGUGUCCAUCAGGUUCCUCUCGGAGAAGCAACCGCAGACUAAAACCACGUCGGCCUUCAACGCGGACAGCAGAUUCUUCCUCCUGAACGACCCCGAGUUGCACAAAACCAUAGCGAGCCGUCGCAUCAAGGAGAAGUGGUUCAUCUGCCCGUUCUGCGGCAAGAGCUUCGAUCGCGUCAGCCACCUGGAGAUUCACCAGCGGAUUCACACGGGGGAGAAACCGUACACGUGCGACACGUGCGGCAAGUGUUUCUCUCAGAGGAGUAACCUUCGCACUCACCAGCGGACUCACAAAGAGGCUCUAUCCCAAAAUGCAGUUUGAUUCUGUAGAGUUUGAAGAAAGUAUCUCUGUGGCAUUUAUGUCUAGACGAUUUCACAAAUUCUCUUUGUAUUUUGAUAUUACUGAAAAGUAAUGUAGCCGACUGAUUUACUGUGCACUUCUGUUUCCUUUUUGGAUAUUAUAACUUUGACAUAGCUUUGAUUGUAAGAACUAAUUUUGGUACAAUGUACUGUUUGUAAAACCUGGCGGUUAAAAGAUUUAUAGAAAACACUUCUAAAUGUUGAUUUGAUGAUAGUCGUUGUGAAUCAGAAAGGUUUGGACAACAACGACCUGUUUGUAUUAUUAUAGAUCUAAUAUCCCUCAGCAUUACCUUUUAUCCCAUCCACUGUUCAUUAUCAGGUUCACAGUGGGAAUCGAGCUAGUGGAGCAGCCCAGAUCUGCAUCUGAAUAAGCUUGAAGAAUGAUUUCAAAACAGAUUUUCCUUGACCUGAUGGAAAGACAACCACAGCACUUAGAGGAUGAGACUGAACUCACACUAAGUUAAGUCACAGCGGUUAUUACUCGAUGACCUGCGUCGUCUUUGUAAGCCGAAAACAGGGAAUUUGAGGCACAAUUCAUUAAAGAUAAUUGGCACUAUCUUUCUUUUUGUAAAGGAAAGUCAGAUUUUUUAAGGCUUUUAAGCAAAGAAAGCUCCUUAUUUUAACAUUUUAAGAAUUCAAACUCAUUCCAUUAUAGCUUCCAUUUAUAUGUUUACAGCUCAGUAACGUCAGAUAGGAUCCUUCAUAGUACGAACAUUCAUAUCCAGCAGUAACUUACUCUACAUCUUAUAGGUAGUCCUUGGUGUCCUCCAGUCAGCCACGCCUGGUUCACUUCCACCCGCUCUGUAUGCAUAGACAUUUUUGGAAAUAUGCUUAUGCACUUUCUUGGAGAAAGUAGAUCGAUACCACUCGGAUCUGUGUAGUUCAUUCAAAGCUACAGCUUAGCUUAGCUCUCUUCAAAGGUUACAAAAUCAGAAUCUUUUCUAAUUCCCACCAAUUAACACAACCGUAUAUCUCGUUUGUUUGAUACUGACAUUGAUAAAAUAAUUCCAGCAUAUAACCCGCUUCUAAAGCUUUUUGUGGUUUGGUUUUGACUUGGUUUUUGUAAACAAACAUUUAACAUAUUAAUUAAUACGCUUCAGAGGUGCUAGUAGGCAGGUGUUUUACUUUUGCACAGUCCCGGGGUAGCUGUUUUCCCCUUCUUUCAGUCUCGAGUUAAAAUAAGAUAAGAUAUACCUUUAUUAAUCCCCCGUAGGAGAAGUCAGUUCAAUUCAUUGCUAAGCUAACCAGCUGCUGACUGUCAGACAUGAGAGUGGUAUCAAUCCUCUCAUCUAACUCUCAGCAACUAAGUGAAUAAGCGUAUUUCACAAAAUGUUUUACUAAUCCGUCAAAAGGACCAGUGUGUAGGAUUUAGUCGGAUCUAGGGUUGAAGUUGCAGUUCACAACUAACUGAACACUGCUCGCGUCUGUAUUUCACAACCUGGAAAUGUGAAAAGAUUGCGAAGUGUGUAGGAAAAACUAUGGUGGCUGCAAAACCAGUUUGUCCAUACUGGGCUACUGUAGAAACAAACUCCAAGGGCCUUUUCUGCCAGUAGAUCCUCUUAAAUGUUACAGACUGGACCUUUAAAUACAGAAGUUCUCUGAGAUUACUGAACUCAUCGCCCUGUAACAGUGAGCCCAGCCAACCUGUGAAAAUGCACUUUUUUUUUUCUACCUGUCUUAACCGUCGUUAUCGAGCUUACAAGGAUGUAAACGUCACAAGGGAUGAACCAGGAAAUCACUACAGUCUAAUACGAAUGCUACAUUACUGCAGCGGCUGUGAUUAACGAUGCCCUUUAAAACCUCCUGCGUGAGCCGAGACAAGCGUAAUUGUCCCAGGUUAUAAUAAAGAACAAUGACUUUUGUUUUUAUGCUGUACUUUUAUGAAUAAACUUUUUAACAUUUA